UUCCACGAAUCCUAAAGCCGACCUCUAUAAAUAUAACGCCGGCGCUUCCCGGGGCGUCCUACGCGAGAAGACCGGUUCGUUAAACCCUAAACCCCCACCCCUUCUCCUCCUCUAAUCUCCGCGAAACUCUAAUUCCGGUGUUGGGGAGAGGAAUCUCGUUCUUAAUUCGGUUCAUGCCUACUCUUCUAAGGUGACAAGGCAGUUGUGAUGGCUGAGAUCUCGCAUGGAAGGGCCUUGACACAUUUUUCAGAUCAUCACAGUCAGAGCACGCCAGGUCCUGUCUUUCAUCAUAAUGGCACCACGUUGCAACCUCUUCAGGUUGGAGGAGAUAUUCUGCAUUUGCAGGAUAGGAAUCCUGAUAUGUCCACAGUACGUGCCAUUAUACGUGAGAAAAUCUUAAAAUAUUUAAGCCAGAAAGCAAACAGUUUUGCAUGGGUGGAAAACAGAGAAAAACUUGCUCAAAUUUUGGAGGAAAAACUUCUUGCAGAGGCUGAUUCACAGUUGCACCAUAUGAAUCCGAGUAUACUGGAAAAUAGGCUGGAUGAUUUGCUCAGUGAUGAAAGAAAAGAUGCAGCUGGCCUUGUCUCUUCGUCAUCAAUAGGCUUAAUGACUUGGAAUACAGAAGUGCCACACAAUAUGGAAGCAUCUUCUCCAUCUCCUUUCUAUAAUAAUUUUUUAAAUACUGAUUCUGGUAAAGGGGCAUCUAACACAGUUCAUAGUUCCUUACUGAACACCAAUCUGUUUACCAGCUCAGUGCUUGACAAUCGCUUAUCUGCGUCUCACAGAUAUCUACCUAAUGAACACCAUCGCAUAGUUGCCAAUGUUUCACUUGGUUGUGGCGGGAAUGCUAUAUCGUGGCCAGAACGUAUACCAGGAUCUCACAUUCCCCAACCAGUGUCCGUAUCAUCUAGACAUGGUAUUGGGGGUAGGCAUUCCAAUAAUGAUGCUGUGAUGUCACCAGAGCAGUAUACUGGAGGCCACAACAACCAUCUAUUAAAUAGUAAUGGUGAUAAAACAUGGUCCAGCAUGUGUCAGAUUCCUUCAUAUGGAAUUGCUAAUGAACUUCUCAAUGCUGGACUUGCUCUUCCCAUAAAUGCUGUUGAAGCAAAUGAUGGAGCAGCAAUAUCUGAAGGAUGCAUGGAGUCCCAUUUCUAUGGUGAUAUGCAUGUGAUGCCUGAUAGGAAAUCAUCUUCUUCUGGAAUGUCCUAUAUGCUUCCAUCAUCAUUUGGUUUGAGUGGGAAUUCUGAAAUAAUGAACCCGGCAUGUAUGCAAUCUCAGUUGGCAGCAAACUCUGCAGGUGCGUAUUCUCAUUCAGAUCUGCAGACUUUGCAUCAGGUGCUACCAGUAUCCCAAAGCCUUGUUCAAUCAUUUCAUAGGGGUACUCAAUCACAUCCUUCACAACAGGGGCAUCUACUUCAAAAUAAGCAAGUAAAUAAGGGCACCCAACAGUCCUGUCAAUGGUCUCAUCUGCCGCAAAAGCAAUUUGAUCAGCUUCAGCUUUUUCAAAAGGAUCAGUAUUUUCAGUCAGAAAGCUCUCUCAAUGGACCAGUUCAGAUGAACGGUUACAUUUUACCAGGACAGUUGCCACUUCAACCUCUGAUAGAACAGGAUGUAACUGGGCAACAACUUCCCCAAUCUUCUAUCGAGAAACCUACAAGAUUUCAGCUUUCUGCUUCUAAUGGGGUUGCGGCUGACUGUCAAUCUAAAUUUGCACAAGGGGAUGGGAAGUAUCAUAAGGUUCACAAAAUUCUCCUUCUAUACGAACAUGUGAUGACUUGUUCGGGUCAAGAAAAACAAUGCAAAAUUCAUUCGUGCAUGUUAAUGAAACGGAACCUUAGCCACAUUUUAAAGUGCAACGACAUUCACUGUGCAAUGCAAUGCGUUAAAUAUAACAGAUUGUUUGAUCACUACAGAGAGUGCCGUGAAAAUUCAUGCCGCACUUGCAGUCCUGUUAGAAUAAGAUUGAAAACAUUUUCACCGGAUACAGUUAAUGGUGCUAUCACGGUGUUAAAGACUGCUUUUCCCACUGUUGGUACAAUAGAGUAUAAGCAACCUUCAUUGAAACGGGCCAAGACAGAGGAGCCUUCUCUCUCUUAUUCUAGGCAAAGUGAAACUUCUCAGUUGGUAUCACCAGUCAUGGGUUGCACCCAACAAUCUCCCCAAGGGGUGCUUCAAGCAUUCCAUGAUGCGAACAUGUCUGUUAAUAGUAUCACUACAGGUACUGAGAGUGCAAGGCUGGUAUCACAGACGUCGGCAACAUCCUCACUGGAAAAACAGGCAAAAUUUUGUGAGACCAAUGUUGAUGACCCUGAGGUGGCUGCUAAGGUACAUUCUGGUGUUGAGCCUGUUAGUGCAGCACAGAUUGUUUCUUGUUGUGAACAAGAUGACAUGGAGGUUCAGGUUGAGGCUGGUAAGGUUGAGCAGGAGGUGAAGAGUAAGGUUGCUACAUCAUCAGUUGUUGAUGUGAUUGGAACAAAGCUGAUAAAGCCAAAGACAGAAGGUGUUUCACUACUUGAUACAUUCACUCCUGAACAAAUUAGGGAGCAUAUCAGGAGUCUUGAGCAAUGCAUUGGUCGGAGCAAAGCAAAUGCAGAAAAAGUCGAAGGAGUGGAACGCCUAGCGGAUCAGAACUUAUGCAGCUUGUGUGGGAUGGACAAGCUUCUUUUUGAACUGCCUUUUAGAUAUUGUGCAUCAUGUUCUAAGAAAAUUAAUCCUAAAAGAGUGUAUUAUUCUUUGAGAAAUAUCAAUAACAUGACAUUUGGAAGUGAUGUGAGGAUCUCUUUUUGUAGCAAAUGCUACAACAGUUCUGUUGAGAAUGUUAAGGUUGGUGGAGAAGAUAUUCCAAAGUUUAAGCUGGAGAAGAAGUGGAAUUAUGCUGAAACUGAAUGGUGGGUCCAAUGUGAUAAGUGCCAAGCUUGGCAACAUCAAAUAUGUGUUCUUUUCAAUGGCCAAAGGAAGGAAGCACGGCAAGCUGAGUACACUUGCCCAAAUUGCUCCUUACGGGAAAUAGAAAGCGGUGAACGAGAGCCCUUGCCACCAAGUGUGGUUCCUGGGGCAAAGGACUUGCCAACAACGAUGCUGAGCGACCAUAUAGAGCAAUGGCUUUGUAGGCGCCUUAAAGAAGAACGACAAGAAAGGGCAAAUAAUUUGGGGAAGAAUUUUGAUGAGGUACCAGGAGCUGAGGGUCUUACUGUUAGAGUGGUGUCAUCAGUUGACAAGAGAUUAGAAGUGAAACGACAUUUUCAUGAGCUUUUUAAAGAAGAAAAGUACCCUGCAGAAUUUCCUUACAAGUCGAAGGCCAUUCUAUUGUUUCAGAAGAUUGAAGGUGCAGAUGUUUGUCUCUUUGGCAUGUAUGUUCAAGAAUAUGGAUCUGAAUGUGCAUGCCCAAACCAAAGGCGUGUGUGCAUUUCGUACAUAGAUUCUGUCAAAUAUUUUAGGCCUAAAAUAACAGCUGUGACUGGAGAGGCACUACGAACCUUUGUUUAUCAUGAAAUUUUGAUAGGGUAUCUCGAUUACUGCAAGAAACGAGGGUUUACUAGCUGCCAUAUUUGGGUUUGUCCAUCUCUGAAGCGGGAUGAUUAUAUUCUUUACUGCCAUCCUAUGAUACAGAAGAUGCCUAAAUCUGAUAAACUUCGAGAAUGGUACCAGACAAUGAUAAGGAAGGCUACAAAGCAGAAUGUUGUUAUGGAGCACAGCAAUCUAUAUGACCAAUUUUUUGUACCUGCCAGUGAAUGUAAGGCCAAAGUUAGUGCAGUUCGUUUGCCAUAUUUUGAUAGUGAUUACUGGCCAGGAGAAGCAGACGUACUCCUCCAGAGAGAAGAUGAGAGUGUUUCACAAAAGAAAGGGACUAAGGCAGCAAUUGAAAGGGCGCUAAGGGCUGCCAGACGUGAUUCUCCAAUUGGAAAUUCUAAGGAUACUCUUCUAAUGCACCAACUUGGAGAAAUCAUCCGCCCCAUGAAGGAAGACUUCAUAAUGGUCUAUUUGCAGCAUACUUGCAAGCAUUGCUGUCAGCCUGUUGUGUCUGGGAAACAAUGGGUUUGCACUGUUUGCAAGAACUUUCAACUUUGUGAACAGUGCCACUGCAUAGAGCAGAAUCUUGAAAAGAAGGAUAGGCACCCUGUUACUGCAAGGGAAAAGCACUCCUUUGAAUUAGUUGAGGUGGAAAAGGCUCGUCCAGAUACAGAUGAUAAAGAUGUAAUAAUACCGAGCGAAUUUUUUGACACUAGAACUGUGUUUCUGAGUCUUUGUCAAGGCAACCAAUACCAAUUUGAUACCCUCCGCCGGGCAAAGCAUUCAACAAUGAUGAUCCUCUAUCACCUGCAUACUCCUGCUGCACCUGCUCUUGCAUCCUCAUGCACUGUCUGUCAUGGUGACAUAGAUACAGCUCGGAGCUGGCAUUGCAUGACCUGCCCUGAUUAUGAUUUAUGUGAUUCUUGCUAUCAGCGGGAAGGAGCUGCCUGCCAUGUUCAUAAAUUGAUAAGUCAUGCCACCAUGGCUGACAGUGGCAAGCUCCAGAAGAAAGGGGCUCAGAAGAAACUGGCUUUGCAGAAUGUGCUUAAUGUUUUGGUGCAUGCCUCUGAAUGCCCUGAUCCUCAUUGCUCAUAUCCAUCUUGUUGCAAAAUCAAACAACUCUUCCACCAUAGUAGGGAAUGCAAAACACAUGCCAGUGGAGGUUGCAUACCCUGCAACAAGGUUUGGUAUCUUCUGCAAAAACAUGCAAGUGUUUGCAAGAAGUUAGAAUGCCGUGUGCCACGUUGCAAGCAUCUGAAGGACUACAUGAGGAAGAAACAACAGCAAUCUGAUUUUUGUCGGAGAGCCGCAAAGCAGAGAAUUGGGCAGCAAGAUGGUGAGACUUUUGAGAGCAGUGGUUGACCGGGUUCGCUGCUUAAAAGUUUUUGUAGCAACAAAGCUUUAAGGAUCAAGGGCAGAUUCCUGUAAUUUUUUAUUUGGCUUGAAAUAGCCUAGUUUGUGUUUUCUAGAUGGCUGAGGCAGGAGGGAAAGACAUGCAGUAGUGACAGUCUCACCAGUCUCACCUGAUGGCUGGAGUUACGGAGAGUGAGAUAGCUUAAAUUGAGGCUAAAUUUCUGGGAGAGUGUUUAACCAGUUUUGCAGCUAUCUUAAUACAGCAAUGAAACUUUUUCCAUGGACUCAGAAUCAUAAGCCCCAAAGCGUGGGAAUGAAUGUAGAGGAAGAGACAAAAAGAAGUAGGUUUAUACAGCAAAUUGUACAAAUUAGUUCUUAUAGCACAGGUCAUUGCAUUAUAGCAUUCUUUUUGUAUGACCAAUAAAUUGAAGGAUUAUUUAUAGUAGUUAAAUAAAAGGGGAAAAAUAUCAUUUGCCACA